AUGUCUAAUAAUCAAAAGAAAUGGUUAAAUAAUAGUGCUAGUAGUACUAAUAGUAUUGGAAAUAGUAACAAUAAUAGUCUAAAUAAUAGUCUAGGAAAUUUAGGUGACUCAUUGUCAUAUUCAUCAUCAACAUCACCAACUAUUAGUGGGGUUAAAUUCUAUGAUGUGAAACAAGCAAAUAUAAACUCAUCAUCACAUACACCCCAAAUUGGUUCAUUUACAAAAAACUAUGAAUUAUACUCAAUGAAUAAGGUUUUUUCAAUUAAUAGUACACCAGGUAGUAAUAAUAAUAGUGGUAAUAAUAAUAAUCAUUUAGGCAAAAGCGAUACUAGUAAUCAAUUUAUUAAUAAACAAUCUUCACACGAUAACCAAUUAAAAAGAUCAAACUCAAACCCAAAAUCAUUAUCGGAUCACUUCAAUUCAUCAAAAGAUGAACAUCAUUACAAUAAAUAUGGUGUACAUUCACAAUCAUAUCAACAACAUUUACAACAGCAACUACAACAGGAUCAACCAACUUCAAUUUUAUUAUUGGCUCAAGGUGGAUCUGAUGACCAUUUUUUUACCGCAAUAUAUGUUGGUCAAACCAAAGUACCAUUUUAUAAAUGUUUAAAAUGGGAUAAAGAUCCAAAUAAAAAGAUAGUUUCAAUGUGUUUUGAUCCAAGUGCAAUAUGGCUCUUAUGUUUAUUAAACGAUACAUCAUGUAAAGUUAUACCAAUCUAUUAUGAUAUGUGUAAAAAAGUAGGAUAUAUGGAUGAUAGUAAUUUGGAUUCAAAUAGCAACAGUAGUAGCAACAACACAAAUAGCACACCAAAUAAAGCAUCAGGCAAGCCAGAUUUAUCAUUUUGGAGAUCUACAUCAAAAGUUAUAGCAUCAAAAACAUCAUCAUCAAAUAACUCCUCAACCUCAACUUCAAAAGACAGCGGUGGUAUUCAUGGCCAUAAAAUUGGUCUACAUGCAAAUGGUUUUUCAAAAUUUAAAAUCCCACAAUUAACAAAGAAAACAGCUGCAGGUUCAAAUUGUUUAUGGUGGAAAACUUCAAAUAGUGUAGACUAUGCAAUCAUUACAACCACCUCAAAUAAUAUAUAUUUUGUAAAUUUAGUGGAUAGUUCAAUUUAUAAACACAGAUUCGAACACCAAAUUGAAAAGAUUGAAAUGGUACAGAGUGAUAGCGAAACAUUCCUCUUGAUUACCUCAAAACAUAAUGGCUACUUUCAACUAUUGAUAGAGCAAAAGAUUGAUAACCACCGUUUCGAAACCAUUAUUCCAAGUAGUUCUAGCAACAAUAAAAGUCUUACAAACAGCUCAAGUAGCAAUGAUAUUGGUGGCUUAUUAAAAUCAUCAGACUUUUCAAUUAAACCUCUAUUCCAUAGUGAUAGAAACCCAUCAGAUCGUAUUUUAAUGGUACAAAAAACCAAUGUUACCCAACAAUCAAAUGACUCUGAUGAAAAUCAAUCCUCACCCACCACAUCAACAUCACAAUAUCCAACACUAUUCAACUUUUCAAACCCAUUGUCAAUUAGUGGAGGCAGUGGAAGUGGUAUGUUACCCUCAGUCAAUACAUCAAAUUCGAAUGAAAAUGUUGUGGUUUCAUUCUUAAGGUCAACAUCAAAAUUAGAAAUCUAUGAGCCUCUUUAUUUGAAUAAAUAUCCACUUUUUGUUUAUCAAUUACCAUCGGGAACAUCCAACUUUUUCUUUACCAAGCAUAUUACAAUUGUCAGCGAGCAAGUUACAACAAGCUCAGAGCAACCAGAACAACGUUCAAAUGUAUUAAUUAUUUCAAAUCUUGUUGCCGGUACUGCAAGUAACUCAAAAUAUGUUAAUAACCAAUCGGUUAUGCAAACUUUCCAAUUAGCACCUGGCGAAAUAAUUUUAGGUAUCUCAAAAUCAUUAAAUCACCACCCAAAUAACAACAAUAGCAGCAAUGGUUACGAUGACAUCAAAUACACUAAACUACCAACAGUUUCAUUAUGGACCAACUAUGCAAUUUAUGAAUUAAGACAAAAAAAAUCACCAGAAGAAAUAUUUUUCGAAUUGGUUUCAUGUAAUUUAGAGAAAAGCGAUGGUGAAGCAUUAGGUAAAACAUUUAGAAUGGAUUUGUUAAGUUGUUAUGAAGCAGCUGCAGACUAUUCAUUUGAUCAAGGUCAGUAUGGUCGUGCAUUGGAUCUCUACUAUUUAUCUGGUGUGCGUACAAAUAAACUGGUUUUUAAAUUUUUAGAAAUAGGUCGUAUGGAUAUUAUCAUGACACAUUUGAAAGCUAUACUCCAUCAACCAGAUUCGUUCAAUCCAAUGGACCGUAAAAAAAUAUCUGAUAUUUUAUUCCAAUGUUAUCUACAAAAACUUUUAACAUCAAAAGAAGAUUUCAAAUCAUUAGAUGCUGAAUUUUCAAAUUUCUUAACCUCUAAUCAAGACUAUGCAGUUAUCAAUGCACUAAAAUUAUUAUCAUCGAAUGGUCUUUUAGAGUAUUUCUUUGCUGUUGCCCAUAGUAGAAAGAUAAUGACCACUGCUCUUUCAAUGCUUAUUGAAUCUGAUAUAUUACAUUUGGAUGCUCAAAAUAUUUCUUUCCUCCAAUCAGCCUAUAGCUCAGAGAUUAAAAGUCAUUCAAAUGGUAUGGUUUUCGAUUGUUUACCACCAAACCUUCAAUUAAAACUAAUUAUUGAAGAUCCACAAACUAUUCCACGUUACCUCCGUAGACUAUACCAUAUAUUACCAUUAUUAGAGGAAAAAGAUUUACAGGAUAUGGCACUAGCAUUCGAUCCAUCCAUUUUUACUCCAACUGGUGCCUUAAAUCCAAAACUAAAUAAAACAAACCCAGCUGUUUCACAUCUUCAUCAAAUUCAACAACAACAACAAUUACAGUAUCAACAACAAUAUCAACAACAAUACCAACAAUAUCAACAACAAAAUAAUUUAAAUAAUAACAAUAAUAGUAAUAAUAAUAACAAUAUAAACAAUAACAAUAACUCUAGCAAUAAUGGUAUAUUAUCACAUGAUGAUCCAGAAUUAUUUGAAAACAAUAGCAUAAUACCAGGUAGAAAAAGCGAAGGUUUACCAAUCAAAGAUGAAGAAUAUUUUGAAUUAUAUUUAAUAGUUUUAUUAAGCCUAAUUCAUUUACGUCGUCAAAAACAUCAACACCAUCAUCACCACCACCACCACCAUCAUCACCAUCAUAGACACCACCAUAGAAACUCUAUCGAAUUAAAUGAAAAAUCAAAUCAAGACUCAGAUAAUGAAUCUGAAAUUUCUACAACUACAAAUACAACAACCAAUACAGAGGACAUCAGCGAUGAUGAAACUAAAAUCAACCAUAAAAUUAGAAUAGACCCAGAAUUGAAGCGUUUCCCAAUGGCACCAUUGAAGAAUGAAAAGAAAGCAAUCAAAGUAUCAUGUGGUUGGGACCAUAUUGCAGUUAUUACUGAUGAUGGUGAAUUAUAUACAUGGGGAAGUAACCAAUCAGGGCAAUUAGGUCAUGGCUUGGAAGUUAACAAAACAUUGUCAUUACCAAAAAGAGUUGACUUUUUCCGUGGAAAAUCGCCUAUUUUCAUGGUAGAGUGUGGUGGCGAACAUACCAUUGCUGUUGACUCUAACUAUUUUGUCUAUUCAUGGGGUUCCGAUAAAUUUGGCCAACUUGGUCAUGGUACAAAAGCAGUAAAUCAAAGUAGACCCAAAGUAAUUGAAGAACUAACAGGUCAAAAAAUUCAAGCCAUUGCUGCAGGUUUUGCUCACAAUAUCGUAUUAAAGAAAUCUGGUGAAUUAUUUUCAUUUGGUUAUGGUGAUUUUGGUCAAUUGGGUACUGGCUCAUUCCAUAGUAAAAAUAUACCAACACGUAUCGAAAUCAAUGCUAUUAUGGGUGGUCUUCAACAUCAUGAUGGUGGUAAAAUAACUCAAAUUGCAUGUGGCUUUGGUCAUUCAGUUAUUUGUAGUGAAAAUGGUGAAGUUUAUUCCUGGGGUUUAGGUAAACAAGGUCAAUUAGGUCACAAGGUAUUUGAAAACAUUUCGAAGCCACGUUUAAUAGAAACACUUCGUGGUGUAACCAAGAUUUCCUGUGGUCAUUUCCAUACAGUCGCCACAACCGAUCUAAAGAACGUAUACUCAUGGGGAUCAGGUGAACAUAUGAAACUAGGUCACAGUUCAGAUAAGGACGAAUCGGUACCAAAAGUUGUUGACUUUUUCAUUCAAAAGAAUGUCAGUAAAGUAGUUUGUGGUCAAAAUCAUACAAUGACAAUAACAUUCCCAGAUGACUUGAACAACAGUAAUCAAGAUGAUGAAGACGAGGAAAAUAUGAACGGAAAAUCAUCUUCACCAAUUUAUGCUUGGGGAUCUGCAGAACAUGGUAAGUUGGGCCUUGGAGGGGAUUUAAAGUCUCCAUUUUUCGACAAACCAAUCCCAACUGCUAUUAAAGGUGUUAAUUCACUCAAUUUAAUCGAUAUUAGUUGUGGUUCAGAUUUUAGUGCAAUGAUCACCUCAAACAAUGCCAUUUAUGUAUGGGGUUGUGGCAGAUUUGGUCAAAUAGGUAAUGGAAAAAAUGAUGAUGUAUGGGUACCAACCAGAAUAUCACUCAACGAUUCAACCAAACCAAAUUUCGGUGGACUUCAAGCAGAUAACAAAAAGCAAAGAUAUAGCCAAGAGGGACUCGAAGAAAUGUUACGUUCAAACCCUGAUAGCUAUCGUCCAUUCCAUAUCUUAAACAAGGCUAAACAAUUUGAAAACUAUGACAUUGUAGCAGUUAUUUAUGAUAUAUUAAAAGAUCAAGUUUCAACAUUAGAGUAUAAACUAUUAGCAUUAGAAAAGAAAGAUUUAGAUAAAGAAAAAGAACUUUAUACCCUAUUUUCUUUAUUGGCACAUUAUUUUAUUAAAGAUUAUGAAAUUUAUCAUCAACAAAAACAAAUUCAAUUGCAACAAAUUAAUGGUAACAAUAAUAAUAAUAAUAAUAAUAGUAAUAACAAUAAUAGUGAUAAUUCAAAUUAUACUACUCCAUCAUCUGGUAAUAGCCCACCAAUGAUUUCUACUCACUCCUCACCAAAUUUAAAUAGCAAACAACAAACAUCAUCACAAACGAACAUUCAAAAAUCAUCAUCAUUAUCUUCUAUUGAUUUAGUAAAUAAUGACUCCUCUUCCCAAUCUGGAUCUGAAACUGUAAAAGAAGAAAACCAUUUAUUAAAAUAUAAACUAUUAUCACAAAUCUUUAAUUAUUGGAAAAAGAGAAAUUUGCCAUUAAACGAUUUAGAAACAUUCCUUCUUACCAAUUUGGACUAUUUCUCUGAUACUCUAGCAUUCACAAUCCAAUUGAAUAACAAAUUAGAUUUACCUUUAGUUUUAGAGUUUUCACCAUUAUUUUACAUUUUAACAAUUAAAAACUAUUUACAAAAUUUAAAAAAUCAAUCCGAUAUCGAUAAAAAAACACAAAAAGUCUCUGAAAAAAUUUUAUGGCAAAAUAUUAAAGAUAAUUUAGAAAAGAAUAUUUUACAAAGAAGCAAAAUUGAAAUUCCAACAUUGAAUCAAGAUAUUUACUCAAGUCUCACUAUUGCCCCAAAUAUUACCAGUGGCGAAAAAGAUAUUGCUUUCACCUGUAACCACUUUUUCAGUAAAAAGAAUUUCUAUGCUAAAACAUUACCAGAAUUUCAAAAUGAAGUUAAAAAACUAUCAUUCUCUUCAGGAAAUCCACCAACUGAAACUUUAGACUUUAUGCUCCAAGAAUUUAACAAAAAAUCAAUUUCCCAAUCUUGUCCAAUUUGUUUAUUUAAUUCGCUAAGAGAUUUGCAAAGUGAUGAAACUAAAAGAGAUAUUUUAAAAUUAUUUAAAUUAUCUUAA